AUGGCCUCGCCCGACCUUGCCGCUACUUACGCUUCGCUCAUCCUCGCCGAUGAGGGCCUCGAGAUCACCUCGGAGAAGAUCGUCCAGCUGACGACGGCCGCUGGUGUCCCCGUUGAGCCCAUCUGGGCCACGCUCAUGGCCAAGGCCCUUGACGGCAAGAACGUCAAGGAGAUGCUCACCAACGUCGGCUCGGGCUCUGGUGGUGCUGCUGUUGCCGCUGCCCCCGCCGCUGCCGCCGCUGCCGGUGGUGACGCCCCCGCUGAGGCAAAGGAGGAGAAGAAGAAGGAGGAGGAGAAGGAGGAGAGCGACGACGACAUGGGCUUCGGUCUCUUCGACUAAACGUUUCACUCGCUUCGAUGUCUCGUCUACUCAUCUUCUCAGCAACCAAUUCAUCUAUCUUGGCCUACAUCCCAUUCGCCAUUUGUAAAAUGUUUCUUCACCGACCGACCCACAUCAUCUUUUGAGGCCUGCUCCGCGAUUCGUCGUCGGCGCGACUUUGGAAUCUACCAAAAGCGAUCCCUAUGCAAUAUGCAUCCCUAUUCGUGGCCCUCAGGUUUGGGUUUGU